UUCCCUUGCUGUAUCCUCGCCAUGGCGUCGUGUCCCUGCUCUCUCUGUAACAGAAAGUGGCCGCCUCUCUACUGCUGUCGACUCAAAGCUCACAGACUCAGUCGUUCACCCAAACCGCCAUUUUGGAGUCCGAGAACUGUGAGUCGGCAGCAGCAUCGAGAGAGACUAAAAGGGGGACACGGGGCCAAGGUGAGAUAGUCCUUAGCGGUUGUUAUGGCGAAGGAGCUACGGGGGAAGAUGGCCGGGAGGGAAAAGAAUUAGAACAUGGGGACCAGGCAACCGAGUCCCACCUCGUGCCCGAACCAAGGGCACGGGCUGCGGGCUUCGCGGCCUUGCCGUCGCAGCACAACAGCUAGCCGGCCCAACACCGACCAUACGUUAAACGUUGUUAUAACUGUAAAAGAGCACGGACGUGGUGGCCUUAAAGAGACAGACCCGAUUUGGAUACUUCAAAAUAGGACCAUCCACCUGUUUUAUGUGGUUGCGGAUUAUGGAAUCAAGAAUAAUGACAUCUCAAAUCCCAAAGCAGGAGGUCCCAGUCUGUUAGUCGGAGGUGCCUGUGGGCUGCAUGGCGACAGGGCAGAGCCCACUGGAGGCUGGGGCCUCCGGAGGCUCUGGCCUGGCCAAGCCUCUGUUCCUGCAGCGCUUGGAGCGGUCCCUAAGACUAGACAGCUUCCUGCGUCAGACGGCCACCAUCUACAACAAAGACAUCACCAGUGAUGAAAGCGAUGACAGUGAGGGAUCAUUGGGGGAGGGGCUAUCCUUUGAGCCAACCAAUCACCACGCAGUGUGCAAAGAGGAGCCAUGUGAUCCAGAGGAUAGUCUGGACGAUGCCAAGCCGCUCAAUGGCGUCCUGUUGCAAGGCAAGGACCCAAAGACUGACAAAGCCAGCCUGUACAAUUUCUCCAAGCUGAAGAAAAACAGGAAAUGGCUCAAGAGCAUCCUGCUGAGCGACGACACUUCGGAUUCGGACACGGAUUCGGACGACUCCGACUUCAGCCUGUCCCAGGAGGAGCUCCACGACAUGUUGAAGCUGCACCGGCAUACCAGGCUGCACCAGAGCAAGUUCCACUCCGACCGAGAGCUUCACCAGUAUCAGUACUACAGCACUGGACUCCUCUCCACGCAUGACCCCUUCUACGAACAACAGCGCCAUCUCCUGGGACCCAAGAAGAAGAAAAUCAAGGAUGAGAAGAAAUUCAAAGCCAAACUGAAGAAGGUGAAAAAGAAGAAGAAACGUGGAGAGGGGGACUUCAUGGACGAGGGCCGUCCGUACGUCAACAAAGUCUUUGCCAAGUUUUCCCAUGAUGCCCCGCUGCCCGUGGUGAAGAAGAAGCACCUCACCAUCGAGCAGUUGAACGCGCGGCGGAGGAAAGUGUGGCUCACCAUCGCCAAGAAAGAGAUACCAAAGACGUUCAAGCAGAAAACCUCAGCCAAGAACCUGGUCUUGACCAACUCUAAAAAGCUGGCCCACCAGUGCAUGCGGGAGGUGCGGCGGGCGGCCAUCCAGGCGCAGAAGAACUGCAAGGAGACGCUGCCGCGCGCUCGCCGCCUCACCAAGGAGAUGAUGCUCUACUGGAAGAAGUACGACAAGGUGGAGAAGGAGCACCGCAAGCGGGCCGAGAAGGAGGCGCAGGAGCAGCGCAAGCUGGACGAGGAGAUGAGGGAGGCCAAGCGUCAGCAGCGCAAGCUCAACUUCCUCAUCACCCAGACGGAGCUGUACGCCCACUUCAUGGGAGGCAAGGGGGAGAUGACCCCGGAGGAGAUCCUGAGUAAGCUGGAAGACCCCCCUCCUGCCCAAAGACAGACGGACGCGGGCGGAGCCGUGAAGCUCACCGUGGGCCAGGACGACUACGAUAGUGGAUUCUACAAGUCCCAGGCUCUGAGGAAUGCUAGAGAGGCCUACCAAAUUCAUCAGGAGAAGACGCGGACGUUUGACGACGAAACAAAGGACAGCCGCAGUGCGGCGGCCGGGUCGGGCUCCGGGUUCGGGGACAGCUACAGCCUGGCCAACCCGUCCAUCCAGGCCGGCGAGGACAUCCCGCAGCCCGUCUGCUUCAACGGGAAGCUCAAGGGCUACCAGCUCAAGGGCAUGAACUGGCUGGCCAACCUCUACGAGCAGGGCAUCAACGGCAUCCUAGCAGACGAGAUGGGACUGGGGAAGACGGUGCAGAGCAUCGCGCUUCUGGCUCACCUGGCAGAGCGUGAGAACAUCUGGGGUCCGUUCCUGAUCAUCUCCCCAGCUUCCACGCUCAACAACUGGCACCAGGAGUUCACCCGAUUCGUGCCCAAAUUCAAGGUGUUGCCGUACUGGGGAAACCCUCACGACCGCAAGGUUAUCCGGAAGUUCUGGAGCCAGAAAACCCUGUACACCAAGGAUGCACCGUUCCACGUGGUCAUCACCAGCUACCAGCUGGUGGUCCAGGAUGUCAAGUACUUCCAGAGGGUCAAGUGGCAGUAUAUGGUCUUGGAUGAGGCUCAGGCCCUCAAGAGCAGCACCAGUGUUCGCUGGAAGAUCCUACUGCAGUUCCACUGUAGAAACCGUCUACUGCUCACCGGGACGCCCAUUCAGAACACUAUGGCUGAGCUGUGGGCCCUGCUGCACUUCAUCAUGCCCACCCUGUUUGACUCCCACGACGAGUUCAACGAGUGGUUCUCAAGGGACAUCGAGAGCCACGCCGAGAACAAGUCCGCCAUCGACGAGAACCAGCUCUCCAGGCUCCACAUGAUCCUGAAGCCCUUCAUGCUGCGCAGGAUCAAGAAGGACGUGGAGAACGAGUUGUCCGACAAGAUCGAGAUCCUGACCUACUGCCAGCUGACGUGCCGCCAGCGUCUCCUGUACCAGGCGCUGAGGAACAAGAUCUCCAUCGAGGACCUGCUGCAGUCGUCCAUGGGCACGGCCCAGCAGUCCCACAACACCACCUCCUCCCUCAUGAACCUGGUCAUGCAGUUCCGCAAGGUGUGCAACCAUCCCGACCUGUUUGAGCGCCAGGAGACCCGCUCUCCGUUUCACAUGGCCCUCAAGCCCUACAUCAUGUCCAAGUUCCUCUACCGCCAAGGCCUCGUGCACACACACAACCAGGCCAAGAAUAAGCUGCUGCAGACGCUGCUCUCUCCGUUCUGUCCAAACCACAUUCAGCAGUCCCUGUUCCACAGGGAAGGGAAGGACAAAGGCAGCUUCUUCUCCUUCCUCCGCUUCGUGGACCUCUCUCCGGCGGAGAUGUCCAACGUCAUGCUGCGAGGCACCCUGGACAGGUGGUUAGCUCUGUAUUUAGCCCUGAAGGCCGCCUACCGGCUCCAUCACCGGAGGCUGUUUGACCUGCCCGAUGAGCAGGUGGAGGUGGAGGUGGAGACCGGGGGGCCGGCAUCGGGGGAGUCGGGGGGCGAGGGACCCGGGAACACGUGUCUCUCUCGCCGCGACCUCAUUCUGUGGCUCAACCGCCCCACUGCCUUCCCCAACACGCACAGCAGCCCCUUGUUUCAGGAGCUGGUGUUCACGGCCCACAGGCCAGGCGUGUUGGGGCACAGGGACGUGAGGAUCCACAACCGACGGUCCGCCACCUCCACGGUGCGGCCCUGCCAGCCCGCCCUGCCCCCCAAGUUCCUCUUCAUCGCCGCACCCAGGGUGACGGCGGCGCCCCUGGAGCGCUACAUCCCCGACCGCGGCGCAGAGUACGAGUGGCGGCUGACGCGGAGCGGCGGGGGCGUGGCCUCCAAGCAGUGUUUCCUCUACGGCUCCCCGGAGCUGGCCUCUGAUUGGGCCACCCGGGCCAACGCCUUCCUGCCGCGACGACCCGGGGGCGCCAUGGCCGUCUGUCCUCGCCACGGCUGGUCCUUUAUCAGGAUACCCGGUGAGUGGUGUGUGUGUGUGUGUGUGUGUGUGUGUGUGUGUGUGUGUGUGUGUGGCGUCUGCAAGAUAGCAGAGCCGGUGUGUUGGUUAUGAGAUAAAGGAAUGUGGGAAGUGAAGAAGGGAGGAUGGGGGGAGAGCCCCGUUGUUGUCAAUCAGAUGAGCACCAAUGAAUGAAAAAAAUCGUUUAUAAUGGUUUGAUUAUUUGCGAGAGAAAGAGAGAGAGGGUUUGCGACCCUUUUCAAAAAAGAAACAAGGACAAGGAGUACCCGUCUGUCUGUCGUCGUGAAGAAAUGACGGAGUACUACGAGCUAUGGUGUAGGGAGGUCGCUUGAAUGUAGGGCAAACAAAUCGACAUCUCUGAUUGUGUCUGAGGAACAAUUGAACCCGCUCGUACUUCAAUUGGUUUGUAAUGGAGGUAGUUGUACACAGGUUCCGAUGUAUGCAACAAACACACACAGCUAUCAGUACACACACACACACACACACACACACACACAUACACAUACACAUACACACACACACACACACACCAAAGCAUCUUAAGUGGGGAUCUCAUGCGGACGUGUCUGCGUGUGUGUUGCAUGCGUGUUUUUCGGCAUCAUGUGCUGAGAUUGCUCUCCCAGGCUCUUAUCAGGCGAGUGUCGCUGGCCGGGUUGGAGGUCACCCAGAGCAGAGUGUGUGCUGAUUGGCUGCCAGGCAGCAAGAUGAAUGACGCCGGCCCGGGGUUAGAUAAGACGCCUCAGGUUCACAAAGACUACAUUUCCCCUGAUGCUGACCUUCCCAGACCUCUCUACCUGCGAUAAACGGCCUUCUCUUAGAGUGUGGCGUAACUUCGCUCAAAAGUAUAAUUCCCAGCAUGAAUAUACUGUACACGGGAUCAACACUGUGUGUGUGUGUGUGUGUGUGUCUGUGUGUGUGUGUGUGAUGAUGGGGGGUGGGGGGAGGGUGGCGGUCAGUGAGAACAGUACGAAAGCCCUUGUCAAGCCAGACAAAGUGAGGAAGUUUAGCUACUGGUCAUUGUGCGAGUGCUCCAUUAGGUAACACUAUAAUAUAUAAAGUGUGUGUGUGUGCGUGUGGUGCGCACUUCUGUUUAUGUGUGUGUGCGUACCCGCCAUGGGUUCCAUUCACUUCAAGUGCCACUGUGUUCACACAGGCCUGAGGUGUCUCCCAUCAACACACACAUACUCUCCCACGCUCCAAAGUCUGAGAUCUCCCCCCGCCAUCACACACGCCCACCAUCACACACACACACACACACACACACACACACACACACACACACACACACACACACACACACACACACACACACACACACACACACACACACACACACACACACACACACACACACAGAGAUCCAGGGCCAGCUCACCCCACCUCCAGGCCCAGUCCAUACUGCCGAUGGAGAGGACGUCAGCCUGAUCUGGGAUCAGAACCGAUUCCUGGGUCCUGGUCCCCUCUCUCCUCUCUCUCUCUCCCCUCUCUCGUCUCUCCUCCCUCCUCUCCCUCUCUCUCUCUCUCUCUCUCUCUCUCUGUCUCUCUGUCUCUCUCUCUCUCUCUCCUUGCGACUCCGUCUUGUUUCUCAGCCUCGGUAGGAAGGAAGUGACCCGGCGGUGUGGCAGCCGUCCUCCACACACAACACAUUGUUGCGACACAUCAAGGCUCAGAUAUGUACAGCGAGGCCCCGGACUGGGGGUUCCCACCGUCCACCGUCCACCCCUUAUCCUCUACCCCCCCCCCCACACACACACACACACACACACACACACACACACACACACACACACACACACACACACACACACACACACACACACACACACACACACACACACACACACACA